GCAGUGUGUCUAAAGCGCUGGUCCUGACAACAGUUUUGGAGCAAGGGUGAGGAAGGAGAAAAGAGGUUUUACUGGAAUAAAUGACACCAAAUGCACAGGCAGCUUCUCACUGUGGGAUUCAGUCAUGUCUGAAGAAGUGGCUGCAGUGGCUGGAGGAGUAAUUGGCGUUGUUGCCAUUUUGCUUCUCAUUGGAAUAGGAACAUAUAUUUUAAGGAAAAGAUUUUGCUUCUCUAGCCAAUAUGAAGAGUUUUUUGAUCAAGGUCCACCUACACCCACCAAAGUCAAGGCAGUGGACAAGGACUCCUUGGGGACGAAACAUGUGCCUUUCAUUGUGCCACCUAAGUUCCAUGGUCGAGACUGGAUUGGUUUGCGAAAUGGAGAACGUAUUCAGGAUGACAGUGAGCCAUAUAUGGCACCUGAUUUCCUCCCACGGUCAUCCUUCUGUUCUUUGGGGGCAUACGUUGUUGGUUCCAUCAACCCAGCUCUGUACAAAUUCCCAGAAGUAAAUGAAGAAACAGAUUUUCCAGCGGGUAACAUUGGACGCAUUUGGUUUGCUGUGGAAUAUGAACUAGAAACCGAGAGGCUUGUGGUGUCGCUUAUGAAAGUAAGAAAUUUGCAGUUUGGGUCAGAUUCUUGUAAUCCAUUUGUGAAGAUCCAUCUGCUUCCAGAUGAGAGGCGCCAUCUGCAGUCCAAAACAAAGCGUAAAACUGUGAACCCACAAUUUGAUGAAACAUUUGUCUUUCAGGUUUCAGGUAAAACUGUACAUCAGAGGACUUUGAGGUUUUCAGUGUAUCAUGUGGAUAAGAUAAAAAAGCACCACCUUCUGGGACAGGUGCUCUUUCCCUUGAAAAAUGAAUCAUUAACCGAUGAUGAAAAUAUGGUUAUCUGGAGAGAUCUGGAUCUUGAAAAUCUGGAGCCACCAUCAGAGUAUGGAAACAUCCAGUUUUCGCUUAGUUACAAUGAUUACCUUGGUCGGCUGACUGUUGUGGUGCUUCGAGCAAAGGGCUUACAGUUUUUGGAAGAACGUGGUGUCAUAAGUUCAGCAUUUGUCAAAGUCUCUUUCAUGAAUCACAACAAACUUAUCAAGUGCAAGAAGACAGCUUCAGUCUGUGGGACUGCAAACCCUGUUUACAAUGAAACCUUCAGUUUAAAGGUGGAGAACACAGAACUGGAUACAGCAAGCUUGAGUCUGGCUGUUUUUCAGAAUGCACAAGGAGAUAAGAGCCACUUACUGGGCCGAGUUGUGGUUGGACCAUAUAUGUACACUAGAGGGAGGGAACUAGAACACUGGAAUGAAAUGCUUAACAGGCCAAAAGACUUGGUGAAGAGAUGGCAUGCUCUGUGCAACACUUGAAAAUUAUGUAAUGGAUCAAGUGAAAAUGGACACUUACUCAUCUUCUUGAGAUGUUCAAACAAGAAAGUGGGAUGGAAACAAGGAACCUUUGAAUAUAUCUCAUUGGUGUAAUUGCUAGGAUGGCAAAGAGGAACAUUAAGCAUAGACAACAUGUUCAUGCUAACAACUGCUGCAAGAUUUCAGUGUUAAUAGAAUAUACAGCAAGUUGUACUGUUCUUUUUUGAAAGACUUUAUAAGUAUGUGGUUCAAACCAAUUAUGUUACAGAUUGAGAUGUAAUAUAUUUCGGAAUGAAUUCUUAUCACAAUCACAUUUAUCCUCAUCAAUCAAUAUACAUUAUUAUAUACCAAUACCUAAUAAUUACUAUACAUAUUUACUGUAGAUCUCCCAUGUUUGCAUACCUAAUAACUUUACAGUGAACCCCCCUAAACACUUUUUAUAAGACAAGGCUGUGAUGGGAAACAUUGGCUUAAUACCCUCAAGUGUUUUGUGUGCAAGACACUCCUAUUCACUAUAUUUGGUAAGAAAAGAGAACCAAUGUGUUAUAUCAACAGACCCACUAUGCUGCUAAGCUGAUGGCAAUACAUUCUCUUAUACAGGCAGUCCCCGGGUAUGAGACAGGGUCUAUAGAUUUGUUUGUAUGUAAGUUGGAACAGGUACAUUUACCUAAUAAAUGCAACUUAGACAGA